CACACGAUAAAAACAACACACAAAAAGUUGACAUUUAUUAUAAAAAGAUAAAUAAAGUUCGUUGUGUAUUUUGUAGGAAGAAAUUAAUUGAUUAACCCGUCAAUCCCAUGACUAAAUUAGCUAUUUCCUAUCAAAAAUGAAUCAAAUUAAGAAUAUUACAAAGGAAAUUGCUCAAGGGUUUUGCGAUAGUAUCAGUGGAAUAGUAGUGGUUUUCUAUCUGGAUCGAGAAGUAAAUAAGAAAUUGCAAUCACAACAGCAAAACGAUGCUGAUGGACUGGUGGAAAAACAAAAGACAACCGCAACUAGUUAUAGGAAUAAGGAAACGCCGAAGCGUAGAGAAGAAUCAAAAGUCUUAAAAAGAGUUCUAGAAUGCUGUGCAUUGAAUGGCGGUGUAUUCUACUCAAGUAUUCUCAUAUUCGAUAAAGUUCUGCUACCGCUGCUCCGGUUUCUAUUGACCAAAAUGCUGGGCGAAAAAUCCAAAAUCGCGUUGACGUUGUGGAGCUGGAUGCAACCAGUUCUAUCGAUUCUAUUUGGCAUGAUUUGGGUGAUGCCAUUGUUCUGCCUCAGCCGUAUUGUCAACAGUUUGUGGUUUCAGGAUAUAGCCGAUUCGGCCUUUAAAUUUCGUAAAGGAAGACCACAACUGAUACCCAGCAUCAGCAAACUGAUUGCUGACGUACUUUUUUCGUUGGUUGUGCAAGCGUUGUUUUUGGUACAAAGUAUGGUUGUACGAUUGCUACCAGUCGAAUACCUUGGAGCGAUAUUGUGUUUCGUGCAUAUGUGUAUGCUGUACUCACUGUAUUCGUUCGAAUACAAAUGGUUCAACAUGGGAUGGGAGUUGCACAAACGGUUAACAUAUAUCGAAACGAAUUGGCCAUAUUUCAUCGGAUUUGGGAUGCCAUUAGCUAUUUUGACACAAUUACCCAGUAGCCAGGUGGUCAGCGGGUGUAUUUUCGCUUGUUUGUUUCCGUUUUUCAUUCUCAGCGGGAAUGAGGCUACACCAAAACAAAGUUCCUGUGAUAUUAACCUUAGACUAUUUUCACCUGUCGUUGCCAUAUCGAAUGCACUGUUCAGUAAAACGGUGCAAGCACCAGUACCACCUACUCCGAUUGCUGUGCCAAAAGUCGCACAGUAUACUAGUUCGUCGGCUAAAUUACCGAACCCGUCGCCAGCAAAAAUAUCCAGCUCAUCUUCACGUCGAGGCUCGACACCGACAUCACAUCGAAGCUCACCAUCGAUGCGUAGUUCGUCGCAUAGAAAUUAGAGUGUUUUUUAAGGCUUGAUGUUGCGUGAUUUUUUGAAUUUAAUUUUUUUUUGUUUUAACAUUUUCCGAAA